AUGUCGACAAGACAUUAUUUCCCAUCCACAGCAGCGAAUACGCUGGUACCACGAGCACUGCGUGCUCUCACCACAGCAAACCCUCACCUCUCACUUGACGAACCACAUCGUGUCAUUGCCAAUAAGAAUCAUGAUCCGUCCAAUGUGAGCAUCAUUGGCGGUGGAGGAUCCGGCCACGAGCCAGCAUGGAGCGGUUACGUUGGUGAUGGCCUGCUUUCAGCUGCUGCGUGUGGUGAUAUCUUCGCUUCGCCGAGCGCCAGCCAAGUCCUCGCGGCAAUGGAAGCUGCACCAUCAGAACAAGGGACUAUACUGCUCAUCACCAAUUAUACCGGCGACAGACUGCAUUUUGGGCUGGCAGCCGAAAAAGCGAGAGCCAAGGCUGCCUCCCCUAGUCAAUAUGGGAACGGGAAAAUCGCCAUUGUUGCGGCGACGGACGACGUCUCCAUUGGCAGAAGCAAAUGCGCCAAAGUGGGCAGAAGAGGACUACCAGGACAUAUUUUCACAAUGAAAACCGUGUGCUCUGCGGCAGCCGAGAAUUGGUCCUUUGAAAACUGCGUCCGAGUCGGUGAAGCUGUCAACGCCCAAACGGUGUCCAUUGGGUCAGCCUUGGAUCACUGCCACGUUCCUGGGCGACAACAUCAAUCAGUCCCAGACGAUACUUGCGUCAUUGGUGCAGGUAUCCAUAACGAGCCAGGCCAGCGAAUGAUAUCGCCCUUUCCAUCUGUUGAUGAUGUUGUCAAGCAAUGUCUAGGAUUACUGUGCGAUAUGGACGAUCCCGAAAGAGCCUUUGUUAAAUUUGAGCACGAGGAUGAGAUCGCCCUUCUCGUCAACAACAAUGGAGGCAUUUCAGCUCUUGAGCUCGGGGCAUUGGCGGAUGAAGUUCAGAGCCAGCUAGCUGAACGAUAUGACUUAAAACCUUGUCGAACUUUGGUUGGCGCGUUCGAGACUUCGCUCAACGCUCCGGGGUUCUCCAUCUCCCUUGUGAAUCUAUCGGCGGCUGCCAGAGAGUGUGAUACCGCUGCGUCCACAUUGCUGGAGUUUCUCGAUCGACCGACCACGGCAGUCUCAUGGCCCAACACGAUACGCUCAAUGAUUAACACAGCCAAGCCGAAUCCUAUGGUAAACGUGAACGGAGGCAAUGAAAAAUGGUCCCAAAAAGGGCAAGAUCUGGAGGCGAACAUGCCUGUGGACGCACCACGGACAAAAAGACAUUUCCUGAUAGAUGCGUCGCUUCUAGACGCGGCUGUGCGAUCAGCCUGUAAAGCAGCCAUCACAUCCGAGCCAUAUCUCACAAAGUGGGAUAUGGUGAUGGGUGACGGAGACUGCGGCGAGGCUGUCAAGGACCUGUGCGAAGCAGUACUGCGCAUGCUUGACUCCGGCGCCGCGUCUAGCGGUUCGUUGCUCGAUAUUUUGCAGACUCUCAUGGAAAUUGUUGAUGCCAUGGGCGGCACGCUCGGGGCCAUUUUUGGUAUAUUUCUCUCAGCAUUCUACUCAGCCCUCGCCAAACAUGCAGACCAGUCACAGCCGUCCGGUCAGGCGAGUGGUAUGUCGCCCAUCUUUGCUUCCUCAGUAGCUUCAGCCGUCGAGAGCCUCCAGAGGCACACGCCGGCUCGAGAAGGCGACAGAACCGUCAUGGAUGUUCUGAUCCCUUUUGCGAUGACAUACGCUCAAUCAAACGAUUUUGUGGCCGGGGUUCAGACUGCUGGGACAAAAGCGCUAGCAACUCGUUUUAUCAAGCCUCGCCUAGGUAGAGCAAGCUAUGUUGGUGACGCAGCGGCCAAGGAGGUUCCAGACCCAGGGGCGUGGGCUCUUUAUGAAAUGCUUUGGGGGAUUGCUGAAGGGCUAGGCAUGUCUGUGACCAAGGUGACUUGUGAUGAUGGCUAA